AUGGACAAACGAGGACAAGGUGACCAAGAGAAGGAUCGUCUUCCACGAUGGCGAUUUAGGAAGGAACGCAAGUUGGCUUUACGAAAAGCCCAUCGUCAACGCAUGGCACAAGCACGAGAUCAAAAGAAGGAUCGUCCUGAGGAAGAAGAGCUAGAAGCCCAUUCACACUAUAUACAACAAAAACGACAGUGGGAGGAGCGAGAAAAGAGAUACGAUAUGAUCAACCUUGCCAAGAAGCGUGCUGCAGAAGCCGAGCGAUUAGCAAAAGAAGCAUCCAAGAAAGAAUGGCGGGAUACAUUGCUACGAAUACCUAUGCUUCCACCAUCCAUGCGUGACAAAGACCAGCAAGAUCCUAUACGACAUCGUCCUCAAUUUAUUUCAUCGUCGUCAGAGCGUAGUCAAGACUCCAUUGAAUCUGAAGAGCCGUAUCACUGGCCAUGA